UAUGAUUUUUAUUCUAAUAUUAACAGUUGUUCAUAUUUUAGGAGUGUAAAUUGAAGACUUAGUGACUUAUUUACCUGUAAGAUUAUUAUCAUUGAAUUUGAAUAGCCAUUUAAUAUGACAGAAUUUAAUUUUUCAAUAUAUUCAGGUUAUUUAUCGAUAACUGAUAGCAAUUAAUCAUUUCACUAUGUUUUUGUUUAGAGUUAGCUUAACAAUUAGGAUAAUACUGUACCUCUUGUGUUGUGGUUAAAUGGAGGACCAGGUAUAAUAUAUAAGUAAUAUUAAAGGAUGUUCGUCAAUGAUUGGAUUUCUCCAAGAGAUUGGUCCUUUUGUAUUUUUGAAUGAGGAUGAUGAAAGUUUAUCAUAUAAUGAGUAUUCUUGGAAUAGAGUAGCGCAUUUAUUAUUUUUGGAAAGUCCCAGUGGAGUGGGUUUUUCACAUAAUCCUUUGAACAUAACAUUUAAUGAUUCAUAAACAGCAGAUCACAAUUUAAAAGUAUUACAGGAAUUUUACAGCAAUUAUCCUGAAUAUCAAAAAAAUCCAUUAUGGUUGGCAGGUGAAAGUUAUGCAGGAGCAUAUAUUCCAUUGUUUGCAGAGAGAAUAAAAAAGUUUAAUGAUUUAUAAGUGGCUGUAAUAAAUUUAUAGGGUAUGAUGAUUGGGAAUGGAGUAACAAAUUUAACACAUCUUCCUAUUUCAUAAUUAAUAUAUUAAAAGUAACAUUAAUUGUUACCUCCCACAUUUGAUAUUUCUGCUUGUGAGAAGAAUGUUACAUCUGAUGAUUGUAAAGAUGUUAAUUACAAUGCUUGGAGAAUAACAAAAAGAAUCAAUCCAUAUGAUAUUUAUGGAUAUUGUUAUUAUGAAGAAAAAGAAUCAGAUAAUGAAUAAGAGUGGAUCUUGGAAAUGAAAUAAUUUAUGAUGUUUCAUAAUGAUAAUAUUGUUAAAGUUACUAACCAUGAAUUAGGAGUACCAUGUGUAUAGUUAGACAAUAUUUAAAACUAUUUGAAUGAUAUUUAGAAUAAAAGGUAUCUUCAUGUGGAUGAAAGUAUACAAUGGUUUAUGUGUUCAAGAUAUCACAAUAAAUAAUUUAAAUAUAUAUCAGAUCCUCCUAUGGUUAUGAAAGUAUUGUAAGAAUUACUCAAUUAUGAUCUUUACACUAUUCUAUUAUAUAAUGGAGAUGCUGAUAGUGUAGUUCCAUACUUAGAUACAUUAUAAGGUAAUUAAUUUAAUUAAAGUUUUUUUUAUAGCAUUAUAAAAAUUAAAAGUGUCCAUCACUGAAGAAUGGAGACCAUAUUAUGUAAAAAAUAACUAACUUGGAGGUUAUACUUAAGGAUACUCAAAUAAAUUGAGAUUUGUUACUGUAAGGGGAGCUGGACACAUGGUGCCAUAAAAUGAUAGGAUUAGUGCUUUCUAUUUAUUAAAUUAAACUUUGUAAGGAUAGGCUUUUUGA